CGGUUGCCGAGCGCUCCCGGCACAAGUCACAUCACGUCGCGAAAGCUUCAAGAAAUGGAAGCUCAACAAGAUGUCGCCCGGCAUUACAAUUUACCGAGUGCCUACCCAGACGAAUGGCCUGCAGAGCUAGACCUAAGCGACGAGUCCAGAGAUGAGGCUGGUCCCUCAACGCAAGACACUGCCGCCCAAGCAAAAUGGAGAUACUCUGGCCUUUAUGGUGAUCGCAGGAAGAGUACCAUAAUCGCUUCUGCUUCCACUCAACAGGACGAACCGGACCCUCUCGGAGGCCCGCAGAGCGUAAUGGAGUUACUGAAACAGCGAGGCCUCCCAGUCGACGAAGAUGCUCGCUUACGAAGUCGAUUCGUUUUGUCCUCAACGUCGUUUUCUCCAGCACUUUUCCUUACACACACACGUCCGACUGCUUCAGCGCAGUCAUUACUCCAGGGGUUGAAUUAUCUGACUGAUUCAAUCGACCAGGAAUCCGCGUCACUGAAAGCGCUAGUAGAGUCAAACUUCGAAAAGUUCGUUAGGAUCAAAGCUACCAUCGACAACGUAUAUGAAGAGAUGCGCGAUGAUGGCACUCAAAAUGACAAUGGUUUACACCGAUCUUUGUCUCAGAAUGCGAGACAGAUAGGCCCUAAUUCCGCCGGCGUCCGCAAGAACGCCCUCACAGAAGCAAAUGAAUACGGUUUCAAAGGAAUAAAUGCACCAUUUACUGAAGCGUCAGAAAUGGCCGAGGAACUUUGGGGAGAAGCCCUGAAUGGUCGACAGCGUGAGGAAGGUCUGAAGCAAGUUUUAGAGGCUGUGGAAAAGCAACGUGGGAUUUACGAGAUUGGCACAGAUCUGCAAAAAUCCAUAAAGCAGCGCGAUUAUGAUGCGAUUAUUGAGCAGUAUACUCUUGCCCGAAGAUAUGCAAACGACGCCAAACUUCUUGUAGACCGCGCUACGUCAACCCAAAGGUCUUUAACAGAGGAUCAAGUUCACACUAUCCUUGUUACUGGCAGAAUGUGGAUGGACGUCGAGAAGCAAAUUCAAGCGUUUAAGCGGGACCUGUGGCGGCGUUUGAGCAAUGCGCAAUCGACGAAGCAGCUCCUCUCUGCAAAUGGCCAAGAUGGAGAAUAUAUGGAUCUCAUUGCAAUUCUCUUAGAACUUGGAGUCGACGAUAAUCCCGUCUGGGUUUGGCUCCUUAGUCGUUACGAUUACUUAAAGACAAGAAUAGCGUCGUUUUGUGAGCGUGGGAGAGCUGAGAUUGAGAUUCUGAGGCGUCGCCUAGCGAGCAGAGAGAAGCCCAGCCCACAGAGUGUCGCCUCAUAUUUACGCAUACCAAUCCGAGAGGCGGCAAGAAAUUACUCCGAUCCGCUCGACACUGAACAGAUCCUAGAAUUCUGGGAAUGCGUACACACGUUUCUCAGGAAGUUGAUAUCAGUACAAGGCGGUCUGCUUGGUGAUGUCAUUGAAUUCUGGGACACGGCGCAGUCAUUUAUUAACGGGAGUAAACAAAAACUGCUCCCUACGGGUUUCGAAGGAGAAAGUCGGAAGCACCAUCGCUUGUCCACAGACAGUAUUAAUGGGCUAAAAGAUGGGAUCAUUGAGCUUGUCAAUCGCAUUCAGGUCAAUAUUGUGUCUCUAUUCGCGGAUGCUCCUCCUGAUGACUUGUCAUUUCUCUCUGCUCCUUCUGCAACCAGCCCUAUGGGUACCUUAACACCUACCGGGUCUAGAUUUAACCUUGACCCGAAAGAUAUUCCACCACCUUUACCCAAGACAGGAGAAGUAUGGGCGGAGUUUGCAUUCUGGCCUCCCCAUGCAAAUUCACUUAGUGGCGUUCAUUAUCUUGGACAAUUCUUAAUACUCAUCGGCACAGCAGCGAGUGAGAUGGCGGAUCUUAGCCCAAUAUCAGGUGGUAGUGCAACAUAUGAUCAGCUGAAGCUCCUUGUCAGUGGCACUAGAGAAAGAUGUGUCCGUGCUACAUGUGCCGCGUGGAAUAGUGAUGCUGAACACUGCAAAUAUCUUGAGGACUGGACACGUGAUCUAGAGCGAAAAGCUUUGACAAAGAUGCCCGGACACUUUAUGGCAUUUGAGAGUGCCAUUCUUACGGGGAUGCAAAAGAUACUCUACAUUUCUGAAGCGAUGACGAAACCUGGUUCAGUAGAUGUUGUCACGCCUCCACCCACGAAACUCCUUCAAAUGGUGCGGUCACAGUUUGUAACAAGUGUGUACAAAGCAUUGAGUGGACUUGUUGAAAAUGCUGAAAGGCCUGUCAACGUUGAAGGUGAGGACGAGUGGGUGCUCAUUGGUCCCUCCUUUUCUGGAACUGGUAGCGAUGUCCCAUCUUCAGUGUCUGUUUACGGUGGGAUAGAUUCCAAAAACAGAAAUGUUCGCAUACUUUUGACACUAUCUAAUCUCAGAGCCCUUCGUGCAGAGCAUGUACCUCAACUAAUUACAAGUUUUGAAAGUGCUUUCGCCGUCAAGCUAACAGAUGAAUCGAAAACAAUCCAAGAUGUGCUCGGGCAGAUCGAUACCCGCUUAUUCCAGUCAUAUACCCGCUCUGUCGUGGACACCUUGCAUACCAUGAUUCUAAAUGGGAUUUCGUCAGCAGAUUGGGUGCCGUCAACGAGCCGUCCAGAUGAACUCCGACCAUACGUAUACACCACAAUGCUGACCCUGGUAAUGGUGCAUACUGAGGUGUCCACCACGUUGCCUGGCGCUUCGUCUUCAACAUCUACAAUGUCUCCAGCUUCUCCCAGCCACCCGUUGACGCACGCAAUUCUUGCCGAGUUGCUCACACAAAUAUCUAAAUCUCUCCUAGAAGGCUUUAUGUCGCGCCCCAAGUACUCCCUUCCUGCAUUGAUGCAAGCUACCCUCGACACGGAAUUCAUUGCUCAAACAAUGUCACAAUACGCAACCGAAGCAGCAGGUCAGGUUCAAAGUCAGAUAUACCUUGAACUAGACCGAAGAACAAAUAAUGAAGCCAGGGCUAAACUCCAGGCCGAGCUUGGAGAGAUGCGCGGCGUCCUCAAGAGACUGAGAGAAAGGACACGUGGAGAGUUCGCGUGUUUCAAGAAGGUGAGGUCUGUAAGCAGCAAAUAGGCUGAUCUUGAGCCUCGAAAUGAGAUAUGUACGAAACACCCAGAUGCUUUCCUAUUUAAUGGUGAUUCAUAGUUGAUCAAUUUGGAUUAAAGAACAUAAUUGCAUGGGCUUAUUGAUACACUUGCAUUCGGAGUUUCAGCCAUUCAUUGCACUCGUCGUUCUACGGUGUCUGGUUUUCGGGUACAUCUUCUUUUGCGUUGAUGGGUGUUUAAUCCUCUUGAAUAGCAUCGAACCUUUAAUUCUGUUUUUUGUACAUCCAUGUCGCCAUCCCUUAGUAUUCCCUAUUUACGCAAUGAACAAAGCUUUUUGCAUUGAACA